UACAAAUUCUAAUUUCUAAUUUAUCAUUAGACGAUAGCAAGUCAAAUAAAGGAAGGCAUCUUAUUAAAUUAGCAAUGCUUAAGCAGGACCAAAGGUACUAGGUGAAUUUAAAACUGUACUUCCAAUAAAACAUGGAUACAUUGAGUGACAAGUCAGGUGAAGUGGAGUUGACGAGUUUAAAGCAGAGAUCAAAUAAUACCUCGACUGAUGAUGUGGAAGUGGCACUUAAAGCUGGACCUACACGUGACAGAAAUUCAUUUUAUGGCGACAAACAUCCAGAUAAUACUAAUAACAGUGGCACGUCACAGAAUCAAGAUGAGUCUUUGGGUAGCAAGGAGGGUGACCAGGAACAAUCUGAUCCCCCAGGUAAAUGUUCCCUUUGGUGCCUCUCCUGCCAACAUUGCUGUUAUAGACAGUGUAAACCAUACAUGACCAAGUAUAAUUCAGUGCCCCAAGAUGCCAGCAGGAUUACAAAAUGUCACCACGCUUUCCUAUGUCCCCCACAUGGGAAACUUGCCAAGUGGUUUACCUUGUUGUUUGUUGCCAUGGUGAUGUUUGGAGUGUUUUGGGGGAUCACAGGAGCCAAUGCACUCCCAGGAGGCAAUCUGUUUGCACUCUACAUACUUAUGGUGUUUGCAUGGUUACUAGGUGUGCUAGCUGGUAAAAUCAAAUUACCUCCUCUUUUUGGUAUGCUGAUUGCUGGAGCAAUAUUGAAGAAUGUUCCUCAUAUCAAUUUUGCUGCUGAUAUAAACAGGACAUGGUCCUCCACAAUAAGGAACAUGGCCUUUGAUGUUAUCCUGAUCCGUGCAGUUCUAGGUCUCGAUCCUGCCUCAUUGACCAAGGCCCCAGGUGCUAUUGUACGUCUUGCUGCUAUUCCCUGUCUGAUAGAGGCUGCUACUGUAGGAGUGGUGUCCCAUUUCUUACUUAACUUCCCCUGGGUGUGGGCAUUCCUCCUUGGGUUUGUUAUUGCCCCUAUCUCCCCAGCUGUUGUUAUCUCAAGUAUGAUCGUCCUGCAGGACCAGGGCUAUGGAGUUGAACAGGGGAUUCCCCAGAUUCUCAUUCCAGCUGCUAUAUUGGACAACGUCAUCACAAUAAGUGGAUUUGGUAUACUCCUCACUGUUGCUUUUUCCACAGGUGCUUUCAAUGUGUAUACAGUCUUCAAGGGGCCAAUAGAGGCACUGAUGGGCAUUUUAUGUGGGGCACUUGUAGGCUUAUUAAUGUGGUAUCUUCCACAUAAGAAACAUAAACAUCUAGUGCUUUUCAGGUUCCUCAUUUUAUUUAUGGCAGCCCUAUUCAGCACAUUUGGAAGCAAAGCUGCAGGGGCCUCUGGGGCUGGGGCACUUGGGGUUCUCAGCAUGACAUUUGUAGCCUCCUAUAGGUGGCGCCAGGAGGGCUGGAUUGGCAAAGAGAAUCCUCUUGGUCGUAUCAUGGUGAUGCUAUGGAGAUUGUUUGAACCUUUACUCUUUGGGUUAAUAGGAGCGGAGAUAGACAUUGCAAAGUUAGAUGGCGCCACUGUAGGUUUUGCCAUAGCUACAUUAUUCAUAGGUUUCCUUAUAAGGAUGGUGGCUGCAUUUGUUGCUGUAACUUGUGCCCCAUUCUCUUGGAAGGAGAAAUUCUUUUUGCCAUUUGCCUGGUUCCCAAAGGCCACAGUACAGGCUGCCAUUGGUUCAAUAGCUCUAGACAUGGCCCAGGAACUGCCUGACUCCAACCCAGACAAGGCUACCAAGGUCACACUUGGACUUCAAAUUCUCUCAAUGGCUGUCCUCGCCAUCUUAUUUACAGCACCACCCGGAGCCACUGCCAUUAAACUUGCUGGAACUCGACUUCUUAAACUACCUCAUGACACUGAUAGUGCUAAAAAUGUACCUGAUUGUGAUAAUGUUAAGACUGAUAAAGAGAAAAUAUCUUUAAGUGAAAAUGAAUUGGAAGAGAAUGUGUGAUCAUUACAGUAUUGUGUUAUUGUUGACUCUCAUGGUACAUCUAUGGAAUCUCUUAUUUGUCCCUCCAUCAGUCAGUUAAUAAUUUUGGACAAUUAAAAACUACUAUUUUAUGAGCUAAUGUGCAAUUGUUCCAAUUCCUACAUUUUCCAAUUUCGGAAAAAUGUACUUUUUUCACCAUGUGAGCUCAGUAAAUGGUGCCAUUUUUAGUUUUUUUUGAUUUAGAUUUAGUAAUUGUAUAUGUAUAGAUGAAAAUUUAUUUAUGGACCACUUGCCAUGUUAUUUUUACAUAUAUCUUCAAAAAGAAACUGUCAAAGUCAUUUUACUUUCUGUCUCUGAGAAACUCUGUUCUCAUAACCCAUUGAUUUAAAUAAAGAUGGCAUGGUAAU